GCUCUUUCUAUUUUAUAACCCUUACCUAAGCCAGGAAGAGAAUAAGUAAUCGGAUCUAAAUAUGUGGUUUCCAAAAGAAGGCGGUGUACUGAUCUUUCUUUGGGCUACUUGGAUUGCUGUAUCUGCUAUUGUAGAUGAGAUUGAAGAAGUGACUUGGUGCGUACUUUCAGAUGCUGAGCAAGCAAAAUGCCUGGAUUUUGCUUCAAACCUUACAGAUCAGGAUAUUGUUGAAACAUUCCACUGUGUGAGAGGGCGAUCAACAGUUGACUGCAUGAGAAAAAUUCAGCUUGGCUUGGCUGAUGCUGUUACCCUUGAUGGAGGUGAUAUUUACACUGCUGGCCGUUGCUUCGGACUGCAACCCGUAGCUGGUGAAUUUUAUGGAACUGGUGGUGGAACCAAGUACUAUGCUGUUGCUGUUUCCAAGAAAUCAAAUCAAGAUAUUUUUUGGAAUGGCCUGCAAUCUCGAACUUCCUGCCAUACUGGAAUGGGAAGGACAGCUGGCUGGAUUGUGCCAAUUGGCUCCUUGGUGACUACAAAUCAGUUGCUUGUAGAAAACUGUGAUAUUCUUACAGCUGUUGGAAAUUUUUUUAAUCAGAGUUGUGUACCUGGAAUUAAAUCCUCAAAGUACAACUUGGGUGGCACUUUUCCUGAAAACUUGUGCAAAUCCUGUAUAGGUGAUGAAACUGGGGCAAAUGUGUGUGCCAAUGGACCACAGGAAAGGUACUUUGGAUAUUCCGGUGCCUUCAGAUGCCUUGCAGAAAACAGUGGUGAUGUGGCUUUCAUCAGACAUUCUACUGUUUUUGAAAACACAGAUGGCAGAAACCAGGAACCAUGGGCAAUAAAUCUGAAGGCAGAUGAGUUUAUGCUACUUUGCCCAAAUAAUUCCACUGCUGAAAUUCACCAGUAUAGACAUUGUCAUCUGGCAUCUGUUCCUUCACAUGCUGUUGUGGUAAAACCAGAACUAAAGGAAGCAUUUUCCCAUUUUUUGAAUGAGUCUCAGAAUGAAUUUGGUCCACAAAGUGACAGUGUUUUUAAGAUGUUCAGCUCCAUUGGGUAUGGAGGAAAAGAUCUUCUGUUCCAUGAUGACACCAUAAGGCUUGUUUAUAUCCCAGGAAAUUACUUAUCUUGGCUUGGACAACGAUAUAUUGAUAUCCAGAGGACUUUUGAAUGCCAAGUGGUGAAUCUACUUGGUGGCUCCACAAAGUUUUUUGGACAAAGCCUAAAGUUACCUGCUAGAAUUAUACUGCUGCCAGAAAAUAAAGAUCCGGUGGUUUCUGGGGAUUUUCCUGAGUGAACUCUGCAAUACACUUUCAUUACUUUUGGAGAAAUGCUACUACCAAAGAUCGACUUGAUAAAACCGCACAGCUAGAAUUUCUUUUAACUCCUCAUAUAAAUGAUAAAUCAGGAUCAGUGGAUAAGCCUGCAAAGCUUGUAGACUCCUGCUUAUAAACCUCUGCAUAAACUGUAAUUUAUAUACCAGAAGAUGUUUCAAAUUUGUCAAAUGUUGCACCAAGUAAUGACACAUGCAUGAAGCCUUUUGCACCCAAAGCAGUGUAAUUUGUACUUUAGUAACUACAUUUCAAAUAUGUAAUUUUAUGAUGGAUGGAUAUAGUUAUGUGCAAAAUCGUAUAAAAUAGUUAACCAUUUACAAAUAUAUACAGUACAGAUAUGACUUGCUUAUGUAUACUAUAUCCACAUGUAGACACACACACACACACACACACACACACACACAAUUCAAACUCAAAGAUGUGGCUAAUUACCCAGGGCUGUGUCUGCAAAAUGACUGUUGUGUGAUGUGCAGUUACUACUGCGUUUGUUGUGCCAAUACCAUAUAAAACAUUAGUUUGUCCUGAUGAGACUAGAGUCUAUGAAGUGGUUCACUUAUAUCUAUGUAUAAGUAUAAAAAGGAUUUAGUCCAAGCAUUUUGUUCAUGGCUCUCCAUUAUAUAAUUCUUCAAGUUUUUUUACGAUGUUUUGAAAGGCAUUUAUUUUAUCUAAAGAGACUGUUUUGUUUAAUAAGGUAUCCAUGAUUAUUUGCAAUUAAGGAAGCAAAUGGUGGCAAGACAACAUUAAAUAUGUUUUUUUUAAUUUGUAUCUUUCAAAUAAAGGUGUAGGUAAUGCAUAAACAAAGACUGGGUUUUUGUUUUGAGAAAAUAAAAUUAUUCAAGCCA